CAGGAGGUGAGUGGCGUCGAGUGAGGGAGUGAGCAAAGCUUCGUCUGUAUUUACAGCCACUCCCCUUUGCUCACAUUCCCGCCUGAGCUCCACCUUCUCAGAUCAGCAGCAGCAUUUAGAUUCUCAUAGGAGAACACACCGUGUUGUGAACCGUGCAUGUGAGGGAUCUAGGUUGCGCUGCCCUUAUGAGAAUCUAAUACCUAUUGAUCUGUCACUUUCUCCCAUCACGCUCAGGUGGGACCAUCCAGUUGCAGGAAAAGAAGCUUAACACGCCCACUGAUUCUACAUUAUGCUCCUACCUCCCGGCAGCCUCUCCAGGCCCAGAACUUUCUCCAGUCAGCCUCUACAGACCAAGCUCAUGACUCACAAUGGCCUAUUUAGGCCCAUACCCUACCUCACGGCAGUCUCCGCAGAUGAGCCUACUGCCUCCCAACAGCCUCCACAGGCACAGCUCCGUCGUUACAAUGGCCUCUUUAGACCCAGCUCCUGCCUCCCAGCCUUCUCUCCAGGCCCUGAACUUUCUCAAGUCGACCUCACCAGGCCCAGCUCAUGCUUCUUUGCAGCCUCUCCAGGCCCAGCUCCUGCAUCUUGGUGGCCCCUCCAGGCCCAGCCUCUGCCUCCCGUCAGCCUCUACAGUCCUAACAUCUGCCUCACAGCAGAUUCUUCAGGCCCAGCAUCUGCCUCACUGUGGACCCCCCAAGCCAAGCUCCCAACCUUUCAGCAGCUUCCACACACCCAGCUCCUGCCACCCAGUGGCCUCUUUAGGCCAAGCUCAUGCUUCACAAGGGCCUUUCCAGGCCCAACUUUUGUCUCAUGGCAACCUUCCCUGGCCAGAUUCCUGCCUGUCUCCCAGUAGCCUAGACAGGCCCAGGUCUUGCCUCACACUGGCCUCU